AUGCUAUCCGACGAUGCCAUCGAGCUCUGUCGCCCAGCGGACGAGGCGCGCGACCUCGCGUCACGGGGCGACGACAAGAGCGCCGUCACGUACACUUCCAGCGUACUGAACCCCUUCCAGGAGCUGGUCAGCGCCGUGGUCCUGUCCCGCCCCAUCUCGCACAUGCUGGGCCUCCGCACGCUGCGGACCAUCUUCAAUGCGCCCUAUGAAUUCAACAAUGCCAGGGCCAUACAAGACGCUGGCCUGGACAAGGUCCACAAGGCCCUCUGGGACGCGCGGACGCAGCACAAGGCCAAGACGGCUGAUCAGUUGAGCUACCUUGGUGAUCUCGUGCUGGAGUACUUUGCCGACGAGGACGACAAGGAGGGCGAGCGCCUUGCCAAAGUGCUGGAGAGCGAUAACCCGGAUGCAGCGCUGAAAGACCUCAUCGGCAAGGUCAAGGGAUUUGGUCCCACGGGAGGGAACAUUUUCAGAAGGCGAGUUCAGUGGCUGUGGCCGGCGGCAUAUCCAUUCAUCGAUAGCAGGAGCUCGGCCGCAUUGCAGCGCAUCGGGCUUCCCUCGGGAGAGGAUGACUUACAACAGGUCAUUGAUAGCCACUUGGAUCAGAUGGACUAUGCGAAGCUGGCGGGCAAAGAUGUCGACGAGAAGAGAAGGCGGGCUUUUGUCGUGGUUCUCGAGCGGGCGACUGGCGCUGACUUGGAGGGCAAGGUCGAGCAGCUCAAGGAGGCGGCCUCAAAGUUGUAG